AUGUCUAGGAACAGCGCAGGGAGCAUGUUUGGAGGAGCCGGGGGGAGAGGCUCCAGGGUGUCCGUGGCCAGCCUGGAGGGGCUGCGGAACGUGAUGCGCAACGAGACGGAGAAGGAUUCCGCGUCCCCCGCCCCACCGGACGACAAGAAGACCAUGCGGGGUCUGAACGAGCGGCUGUCCGGUUACCUGGGCAGGGUGCGGCAGCUGGAGAAGGACAACAAAGAGCUGGAGGAACAAAUCAGGGACAUCUUGGCCAAAAGAGGAGCGCCGGAGGGGCGCGACUGGGAUGGGAUCGAAAAACCUUUGGCUGACCUCAGAAAGAAGGUCAGGGACAUGACGAUGGAAAACGCCAAACUGCUGCUGCAGAUUGACAAUACAAAACUUGCCAACGAAGACUUCUCUAUCAAGUUGGCGGCGGAGAAACAGGCGCGCCGGAGUGUGGAGAAAGACCUGGUCGGUCUGAAGAAGAUCAUCGACGACACCCAGCUGAACCGUGUGCAGCUGGAGAGCCAGAUCAAGUCGGUGAAGGAGGAGCUCAUCUUCCUCAAGAAGGAGCACCAGAAUGAGGUCGACGUCCUCCGCACGAAGAUCAGAGCCUCCAGCGUGACCGUGGAGGUGGAUUCUCAGGACUGCAACCUGGCCGAGACCCUCAACAGGAUCCGCGGCCAGUAUGAGAAGCUGGCCAAGAAUAACCUGAAGGAGACGGAGGACUGGUACCAGAGUAGGUUUGAAAACAUCAAGGUGGAGGUGGCCCAGAACACGGAGGCGCUGCAGUCCGGCAAGACGGAGCUGAACGACCUGUGCCGCCAGAAGCAGCAGCUUGAGAUCGACAUCCAGGCAAUGCUCAGCAUGAUCCGCUCACUGGAGGAUACUCUAAAAGACGCGGCGGAGCGUUACAGCCGCGAGCUGGCGCACCUCAACCGCAUCCAGAUGGACCUGGAGGAGGAGCUGGGCCAGGUGAGGUCGCAGGUGGAGCGCCAGGCAGAUGACUACGCAGACUUGCUGCAGGUCAAGAUGAAACUGGAGGCCGAGAUAGAAAACUACCGCCGGCUGCUGCAGGCCAUGGCCACCGACGAGGACAGCCUGGAGUUUUCUUUAGAUCAAGCGCUGAACAGCGCGUCUGAGGAGAAGGCACCGGAGAAGAAGGAAGACGUGGGGGAGGAGGCCGCCGUCAAGCAGGAAAUCGCCCCCUCCAGUGAAGCCCCGGGCCCCGACAAGAAAGUGGCCCCCGAGGAACCCGCCGAAGCAGAAGGCGGAGAGCUUAUGGAGGCGGGGACGGCCGCCGUCAAUCAAGAGGCGGCCGCGCUCGAGCCCAAGGCCAAACCUCCCAAACAGAAGGCCCCAAAGACCAAAACUAAAGAGGGUUCCUCUUCCUCCUCCUCCUCCUCCUCCUCCUCUUCUUCCUCCAGCUCCGAAGAUGAAGAAAAAAAGGCCAACGUCUGAGCCCCUAUGAUCACACACAUCCUGUUGUUGUUGUUGUUGUUGUUGUUUGUCUCCUAGCCAGACUUCAAUAAAGAUGCUGUG